UUAUUCUCAUUCCAUAUCAAGCAGUCAAACACCCUACUAGCUUGAGUAACUAGUCAGUUUCCAGAGAUUGCCCCUUGGCAACUCAGUGACUUGUCUGCAAAGGAGGCGAGGAGGGAGUGGCGUCUCAAAGAUCACCGUCAGGUAUUAAUACUGAGCAAAGGGGAGCGCACGCUGUUCUAAAACUGUCCACCAGCCCACAUUGCCAAUGCAGCAGCCGUGCACUGUACAUCAGUCCUAAAACUACAUCGCAGAUCAGGAGUGAUCAUUGACCUGGAAAUGGAGAAAAAUGAGUCUCAGUUGUGCCCUCGGGAUGAGCACAGAGUACUGAGUGAGGCUGAAUUAGAGAAGCUGGGCCUGAGAAACCUGGAGCCAUCACCCUCCAUCUGUACCAGGAUUCAGAAGAUAAGGUGUUCAGGUUCAACUGCAAAGUCCUUGCUGUAUCAGCUGCUCCCCAUCCUGACUUGGUUACCACGAUAUCCAGUCAAAGAAUGGCUAUUGAAGGACAUAAUCUCAGGAUUCAGUGUGGGAAUCAUGCAUCUUCCCCAGGGUUUGGCCUAUGCGCUUCUAGCAGGGCUGCCUCCUGUCACUGGCUUGUAUUCAUCCUUCUAUCCUGUCCUGCUGUAUUUCUUCUUUGGGACGUCUAGACACAUCUCUGUGGGACCAUUUGCGGUCAUCUCUGUGAUGAUUGGGAGUGUGACAGAUUCACUAGAACCAAGCAGCAAGUAUUUGGAAAUGACCAAUGAUACAAAUAAAACUACAAUCAUCAAUUAUGCACAAAGGGAUGCUGCCAGGGUGGAGCUGGUGGCUGCACUCACCUUCUUGGUGGGCAUAUUUCAGGUUGCCCUGGGCCUGCUGCAGUUUGGCUUUGUAGCCAUCUAUCUAUCUGAACCCUUGGUACGAGGUUAUACCACUGCUGCUUCUGUCCAGGUGCUGAUCUCCCAGCUGAAGUACAUAUUUGGGUUUGAUGUGAAAGAAUAUUCGGGUCCAUUGUCACUGAUCUAUACUUUUCUGGAAAUCUGCAGAAGAUUGCCAGAGACCAGUGUGGGCACCUUGGUCACUUCAAUAAUUGCUUUUGUUUGCAUUAUUCUGGUGAAGAUGCUCAAUGAUAGAUUUGCCAAGAACCUUCCAUUGCCUAUCCCUGUGGAACUGCUCAUGAUCAUCAUCUCCACAGCGAUCUCCUAUGGUGCCAAACUGAACACAAAUUUUGGGGUUAGUGUUGUGGGUGACAUCCCCAGUGGAAUGAGACCCCCUGAAGUCCCCAAUGGAAGCUAUUUUGGGAAGGUUGUAGGCAAUUCUUUUGCCAUAGCUAUGGUUGGUUAUGUCAUUUGUAUCUCACUUGGCAAAAUCUUUGCCCUCAAGCAUGGCUAUACAGUGGACAGCAACCAGGAGCUGAUAGCAUUGGGGCUCAGUAACUUUGUGGGUGCCUUCUUCCAGUGCUACAGCAUCAGCUGCUCUAUGUCUCGUUCCCUAGUGCAGGAGAGCACAGGAGGCCAUAGCCAGGUGGCUGGGUUGGUCUCUUGCCUUAUCAUCCUUGCGACCAUCUUGAAGAUUGGGGAGCUUUUCUAUGAACUUCCCAAAGCCAUUUUAGCUGUCAUUAUUCUUGCUAAUCUGAAGGGCAUGUUCAAACAGUUCAAAGAUAUUCCUGAACUUUGGAGAUCCAACUUUGUUGACUUGCUGAUCUGGCUUGUAACCUUCAUAGCCACCAUUGUGCUAAACCUUGACAUGGGACUGGGGGUCGCUGUGGUCUUUUCACUUAUCACUGUUGUCUUCAGGACCCAGAUGGCCCAGUAUUCCCUCUUGGGGCAAGUGUCCAAGACGGGCAUUUACAAAGAUGUAGCUGAGUAUGACAAGGCUGAGAAGAUCCCAGGUGUGACAAUUUUUCGCUCCUCUGCUACAGUUUAUUUUGCUAAUGCCGAACUCUACGCAGGGGCCCUAAAGAAGAAGUGUGGUGUUGAUGUGGAUAACCUCAUUAAAAGGAAGAAGAAAGCAGAAAAGAAAGCGGAAAAGAAAGCGAAGAAAGAAGCCAAAAAGAAUAAGAAAAUAGUUCCUGAGGCCAUAAAUGAAUGUGACUCUGGGAACAACAAUCUUGGUUUUGUUGAUAUAGAUAUGGGAGCAAAGUCACAGGAGCCAGGUGGUGAUUGCAAUGGCGGUGACAUAAUAGUGCCUGAGCGUAAUGGAAAUGCAAAGGAUUUGGAGCCCCAAAUAAACAUCCAGCCACAACCUUGUUACAAAGCCACCUUGGAAUCUCUGGGGCUUGAAAAACCUCCUCUGCACUCUCUCAUCCUUGACUUCAGUCCUGUCAACUUUGUGGACACUGUCUGUAUAAAGACUUUAAAAAAUAUAUUUAGAGACUUCCGAGAGAUUGAAGUAGACGUGUAUCUUGUGGGUUGCCAUGCUUCCGUCAUUACAGAGCUGGAAAGAGGCAACUUCUUCAGUGAAACCAUCACCAAGCACCACCUUUUUGCAUCAGUGCAUGAUGCUGUUACUUAUGUCACUAGGAAACAAGGAGGAAACUUGCCACAAACUGCCACAGCCCUGCUGAACACUAAAAUGUAACCAGUGAGAUCAUCUCUCAAGUAGAAAACGGUCUAGUACAUUUUGAGCUGAUUGGCUGAACUGCUGUUUUUGUUGGUAAAAGUCAAUAACUCUGUGAAUUUACUG